ACCCACAGGGGUGGACUGACCAUUUGGAUACUCGGGCACUGCCCGAGGGUCUGGGGUCAGUAGGGGGCCCCAUGAGUUGUCACGGGUACCUUUUUCAUAGGCUUUUUUAAGUUUGGGAAAGGACACAGGGGCCCCAUGAUCCCCUAUGGCCCGGGGGCCCCAGGAGUUGUCAGUCCGCCCCUGCUCACCCAUCCUUCCAUUGCUGCCUAUUAGUGCCCAUCAGUGCUUUCUAUCAGUGUCCAUCAGUGCUGCCUAUCAGUGC